AUGGCGGCGACAGCGUGGACGAUUCUUGAAACGGUAGUAUUGGUGAUUGUAUUCAUAGCAGCACUUUGUGCAAAUGUUGGCUUGUUUUAUAUUGUUGGUACGACAAGAAACCUUCAAACAAAAGCAAAUGUAUUUAUCUUAAACCUGGCUGUUGCAGAUUCGCUUGUCGCCGUCAUUAAUCUACCUGUGACUAUAAUCACUGUUAUUUCCCAAGAUUGGGUGCUUGGUAAGACGCUUUGUCAAAUAUCUGGAUUUUUAACAUUGUUCACAUUCGUAGCAUCGUGUAUGGCUUUAUCUAUGAUCAGCAUAAAUCGCUACCAUGCUAUAGUUUAUUGGACAUCUUACAAGAGCAAGUACACUCACCGUAAAUGUGCUCUUUAUGUUUGCAUAACAUGGCUUAUAACAAUCAUGUUAUCUAUACCUCCGUUUUUUGGUUGGGCGAGAUUUGACUUUGAUCCAAGACAGAGUUAUUGUUUUGCUGAAUGGAAAGCAAGUAAAUCGUACACGAUCUUUAUGAUUGCAACUUGUUUAUGUGGUCCGUUGUGUAUAAUGUCUUACUGUUAUGUUAGAGUACUUCGUUAUCACGAAGAUAUUGGCAGAGAUUUCCGCCAAAUGGUGCUACGUUCUAACAGCCCUUCGAUACAAACUCUUGAAAUGAUGGACAAAGCACAGGGGUCAAGAAAACAUCGUUUGACAAGAACAGUAAUAGUGUUAAUUGUCGUCUUUGGCAUUUGCUGGUCCCCUUUUGCGAUCAUAAUAUUGAUCCAAGUGUUCUCCAAUACGCAUGUUCCACGCGCUGUGGAUUUUGGAUCCCUGGUUUUGGGAUACUUAAACAGUUUUUUCAACGUGGUUGUGUAUAACGCAACGAAUAAAAAACUUCGACGGCAAUUUUUGAAUUUUUUUUCAGUGAUUAUCUUUCGAAAAAAGGACAAACGUUCGCAAUACACUGAAGGCGCGCAUUGUCACAGUGUCAGUGCAUCGACGAGAAUUAUAUUUAAAUUUUAG